CGCCCCGCCUCCUCCCGGGCUCCCGGCGGCGGCGAUCCCGACUCUCCUGCGGCUGCCGCAGCUGCCGGUUGCACACGGCCUGGGCGGCGGGCGCGGGCCUGGGGAGCGGCGGCCCGGCGCGCGGCCCCGGCGGGCACCCCUUGGAGGGCGGCGGAGGAAGCUCCGGGAGGCGGCGGCCGCGGCAGCGAGACCAUUCGGCCUCUUCGGCCCCUCGCAGCCUUUCUUUCGCCCUCUCCGCUCGCACUCGGGACCGCCGCCUCGGCUUUGUGCGCGGAGAUGGUGUAGCCCCCUGGCCGCCCCAGCAAGCCGCCGGCCACUUGUCCUCGGUCUCCCAGCCGCGUCCCCGCCCCUGGAGGACGGACCCCCCUGAAUUCGGCGCCUCCCGCGUCUCCCGGCUGCUGGGGAAGCCUCGGCGCCGCCGGCACCAUGAGUUAGAAAUAAAGCUGCUACGAAUGUUAACUUGGAUAGUUCGUGAUACUCAUGAAGGAAGCCGUGUUAGUCAUCCUGGGGUGCCAUAACAAAAUACCACCGGCCGAGUGGCUUAGACCACAGAAACUGAUUUUGUCAAAGGUCUGGAGGCUGGAAGUCUGAGAUCACCGUGCCAGAUGGUUGGGUUCAGCGAACAGAGUAUCUGUCAGGCAAGAGCUGCCGUGAUGGUUUAUGAUGAUGCCAAUAAGAAGUGGGUGCCAGCGGGCGGCUCGACCGGCUUCAGCAGGGUCCACAUCUACCACCACACGGGCAACAACACGUUCCGAGUGGUGGGCAGGAAGAUCCAGGACCACCAGGUGGUGAUAAAUUGUGCCAUUCCUAAAGGGUUGAAGUACAAUCAAGCUACACAGACCUUCCACCAGUGGCGAGAUGCUAGACAGGUGUAUGGUCUCAACUUUGGCAGCAAAGAGGAUGCCAACGUCUUUGCGAGUGCCAUGAUGCACGCCUUAGAAGUGCUGAACUCACAGGAAACAGGGCCAACAUUGACUAGACAAAAUUCACAGCUACCUGCCCAAGUUCAAAAUGGCCCAUCACAAGAAGAAUUGGAAAUUCAAAGAAGGCAACUUCAGGAACAGCAGCGGCAGAAGGAGCUGGAGCGGGAAAGGCUGGAGAGAGAAAGGAUGGAGAGGGAGAGGCUGGAGCGGGAGAGGCUGGAGCGGGAGCGCCUGGAACAGGAGCAGCUGGAGAGAGAGAGGCAGGAGCGGGAGCGGCAAGAGCGCCUGGAGCGCGAGCGGGAGCGGCUGGAGCGCGAGCGCCAGGACCAGCUCGAGAGGGAGCAGCUGGAGUGGGAGCAGGAGCGGAGAAUGGCCGCCGCCGCGCCACCUUCCGACAGCUCCCCGUAUAGCUCUCCACCUCCCGAGUAUGCCGGUGGCCAGCCUCCUCCGGCACCUCCUCCAUCACACGCUAAAGUCAUCUCCGCUGCUGUGCCAGAGGCUACUCCUGAUUAUGCCGUAGUGACCGCUUUGCCACCUCCUUCCACACCCCCUACACCACCACUGCGGCACUCGGCGACGCGUUUCGCAGCCUCCCUAGGGUCAGCCUUCCACCCUGUCCUUCCCCAUUACGCUGCAGCUCCUCGUCCUCCGAACAAAACCUCUCGGCCUUCUUCUCCUGUGAACACACCCUCUUCCCAGCCUCCAGCUGCGAAGCCCUGUGCCUGGUCUACUUCCAGUUUCUCGCCCCUCCCUCCCUCCCCCCCAGUAAUGAUUAGCAGCCCCCCAGGCAGAGCUGCUGGGCCCAGGCCUGUCCUCCCUGUCUGUGUUUCUUCUCCUGUGCCCCAAAUGCCUCCGUCACCGACGGCACCCGACGGGCUGCUUGACUCUGUCCUACACCCAGUGUCUCCGCCGCCUACCUCAGGGCCAGCGCCGCCACCGCCGCCGCCGCCACCGCCUCCCCUCACACCACUGUCACACUGUGGACCUCAAGCUUCUCCUCCUCCGAGCACCCCUGUUGCCUCAACUCCCUCAUCCAAGCCUAGUGUUCUCCCUUCUCCCUCUGCAGCUGCCCCUGCCUCUGUGGAGACUCCUCUAAACUCUCUGCUGGGAGACUCCUCUGCUUCUGAGCCAGGCUUGCAGGCAGCCUCUCAGCCGGCCGAGACUGCAGCCCCACCGGGCAUGGUCUUGGGACCACCCGCACCUCCGCCCCCCCCUCCACUCCCACCUGGUCCUGCCCAGGCUUCAGGGGCGCUUCCUCCUCCCCCAGGACCACCUCCUCCUCCUCCACUUCCAUCCUCAGGGCCUCCCCCGCCCCCUCCCCCACCCCCUCUCCCCAACCAGGUCCCCCCUCCUCCCCCGCCUCCCGCUCCUCCCCUCCCGGCUUCUGGAUUUUUUGCGGGACCUAUGUCAGAAGAUAAUCGCCCCUUGACCGGACUGGCGGCUGCAAUUGCUGGAGCGAAACUUAGGAAAGUGUCACGGGUGGAGGAUGGCUCUUUCCCCAGUGGGGGCAGUGCCGCUGGCUCGAACGCGGCCUCGUCCAAAGCAGACGCGGGCCGUGGAAAUGGGCCCCUUUCCCUGGGGGGCAGCGGUUUAAUGGAGGAAAUGAGUGCCCUUCUGGCCCGGAGGAGAAGAAUUGCUGAAAAGGGAUCAACAGUAGAAUCGGAGCAAAGAGAGGACAAAAAUGAAGAUUCAGAGCCCAUAACUUCUAAGGCCUCUUCAACAAGUACGCCUGAACCAACGAGGAAACCGUGGGAAAGAACAAAUACGAUGAAUGGCAGCAAGUCACCUGUUAUCUCCAGACGGGAUUCUCCAAGGAAAAGUCAGAUGGUUUUUGACAACAGACCCUAUGAUUCAUUACACAGACCAAAAUCCGCACCCUCGUCACAGCCCAGUGCCAACGGAGUCCAGACGGAGGGACUGGACUACGACCGGUUAAAGCAGGACAUUUUAGAUGAAAUGAGAAAAGAAUUAACGAAGCUAAAAGAAGAGCUCAUUGAUGCCAUCAGGCAGGAACUGAACAAGUCGAAUACCGCAUAGAGAAGCAAAUGAAGGGGAGAUAGGACUUUACUCUGGAGAAAGGAGAACACAUCUAUAGACAACAACUGUCAGCGACAACACACCCUGCGUUUUGCUGGAAGAAGAUGGAGACAGUUGGAAGGAGGAAAACACCCACAUGCUUGGAAAAUCUUCAGACGUGAUUACUCUGGCGAUAAGCCAUUUCCCUUCCAGUUUGCUGCUGUUUUCUGACCUUUUCAACAGGAUGGAAGAGUCGGUCGCAUACGAGUUCCUGGAACGGUUGUACAGAAAGAAAACGCUGAUGAGCCCGUCUGGCAAGAUCGCUGUGCAUUGAAAUAUUUUCAUGUCAAGAUAAACUCUCUCAUUUUCCACAAUCCAUUGCUAAAAUAAAGAGGAGAAAGGCGUAAGUUUUUUCCAGAGCGUGCUGAUGAAGAAGAGUUCAGCGAGUUACGCUGUCGUAUUGUAAAUGUUUCUCUCAGGUCUGUCUUCCUAUCAUUUUAUUCCAUGACUAUUGGGAUGAGCCCUGUGUAGGUGAAGAUCGUCAGAUCUGGAACAGAUGGGAUGGUUACGUGCUUUCAGAGGGUGAUAUUUAUGAGAACGUGUCCUAAGAAAGAUUUCGUCUGGCUUGAGGAAUGUUAGAACGAUAGGAAGUCUCUUGAGUUAGCCUUCAUGCAGUUUUGUAGAGUACAACAGAAAAUUCGUCCAGAAUGUAAAGAUUUAGAUGCCUUCCUAAAUCGUUACAACGCUUUACCAAAUCUCUGACUCCUUACAUAACACAAACCGGUGGUCAAAUGUAAAACAAUAUAUUGUAGAUUUACUAUAGGUUUUCGACCUUUUUUAGAUUUAUGCAUGUGGACAUUUUUAUAAUAUAAUUACUACCACCACAAAAUUAGCUUUUUUAAUUGCAGGCAGUAAUGCAUGUCACAGUAAACACGUAGCGGCCUUUCCAAGGCCUGGUCCCAGGGAAGACAUUUUGUAGCAUAUCGGGGAGUGGGGGGAAGGGACGGAAUAAUUUUUUAUUUAAAGCUAAUUUCUGCACUACCUUUUUUUUCUCAAUUCCCUGCAUGAAAAAUGACGAGAACUAUUUUGUGGCUUUAAUUGGUAAAUAUGUUAACAGAACCAAGUACUUAAUCUCUGACAUGUCUUCAGCUCUUUGUAUCUGAACGUCUGUCAUUUCAAUGGUCUGAAACAUGAUUCGGCGCUUCAACCGAAGCGUGUCUUCCUGUGGGACUCAGCCGUGUGGUCCCCGAGUCUGGCCGUGACGAUGACCCAGGUGCCCUGCGGGCGCGCAGGUGGUCUGGCACAGGCCGCUGGCUGCCGGGCUGCUGUUGAAUUUCGUUGCGUUGAAUUACUAGGACAAACAGUGAGGGGCAGCGGUCAAGGUCACAGAGGUCGUUCAGUAAGGGGAAACCAGUGAGGAGCCCUGCAUUGUUUCUCUUUUAGUAAAGUGAGACUUGGGUGGUGGGAACGAGGAAGUGGAUGCUCUGCUUACCACUGUGUGUGCGUGUUGGUGCGUGCACACCCGUGUGUGCGCCGUCCACUCCCUUUUCUUUGAAAUUUGUAAGAUUAAAAUUGGGGGAAAAUCCUGUCUAUUGGGAUGAUAGUUUUUGUUUAUUUUUUAAUUUAGGAUAUCAGAAAAUCUCCAGGCUCUCCAUUUUGAUUCAUGCUUGAGUUGUUAUGUGCCAUAUUUGCUUUGAAAUCUUUGAUUAUUGGAAGUUUUACUAAAAUUUUGAAGAAAUCCCCCAUUUUCACUUGCCUUCUGCUGAUAAGCCAGAGCGAGUUGACAGCACAGUGUCCUAAAUGCUGCCGAACCGCAGCACGGCCAUGGCAGAGGGGUUCGAGUGAGGGGAUUCGUUUUCCUGGUCAACACAGUUCCUGUUUCUGUAGAAGCUUCGUUUGCAGGGUGACCUGUGACGGACGAGCUCUCAGCCAGGUCUCCGGUUCUUCUUCCUGUCAACUCUUCACCGUCUGCAGUAGUAGGAAAGGCAUUGUCAACAUGCAACAAGCUCGUGAAGUAAUAGGAGGCAUUUCCAGCCUUUAUUAUUGUACUUUUGGUUGUGUAAACACUCAUGAUACCAACGUGUGUGUCCCCUAUCAGUCUGGUCAGAAGUAACUUUUGACUUUGUUAAGUUCAGCAGCUUACAGGAGGAAGAGGACUCGGUGCAAGUGGUCCAAAGUGAGACGAAAGACCACAAUAAAACGCGGGGUCUGAAAAGGAAGCUGGUUUAUGCACUAAACGUUUUGUGCCUUGGUCUAAUAUUACCACGAUGUCUGUGUAAAAUGACGAAAAAGAACCAGUGUUAAGUCAUGUGCAUUUUCCAUCGUUCCGCAUCCCCCCAGAUUGCGCAGUGUGUCCUCUCCUCACAGUGGUGGACUCACUGUGCGCAUCUCCUGCCCCGCGUGGCAGCCGUCACUGUUAGAGAUUUCAGUGAUUAAACACGAGACACGGAAGCCGAAGUGACUGUCCUCACCCGGACUGUGUGAGCGCUGCAUGGCGAUGGUGGUUUCUUGUCCUCCAUGGGAUGUCUGAUGUGGUUUCGGGGACCCUUUCUGACCACAGGAGGGUACUUCUGUCCUCAACACUGUGACCCGACCUGUGACAAACCUGUGCUGUUCACUAUGUCAAUGGCUAACAAGUCAACUGCAAACCAACUGAAUGUACAAACCUCAGUGCUGGUGCUGAAAUCUCUGCAGCAGAGUCACCCCGAUUUCCGAGUUUGUUUCGAAAUUCGCGAGCAUCAAGUGUCAAUCAAAACCGAGGCUGAAACACUAAUGAAUGUCGACUGCUCACGCGUUAGGUGUCCUUGUUAGAGUUUUCGGUUCUCGGCUGUUUCCACUGUACUGUUUCAUUGACAUUUUCCUCCACGCUGACUCCGUUUGUGCGAUUGAAAUAAAAUUGCAGUAUAUA